ACAAACUCCUUUUUCUUGUGUCGGCAUACAUACUCAAUCAUUCAUUUCAGACUUAUCUUAUCUUUUUAAUAUAAUUAAUUCACACUUAGUGAUCUUCAUUUUAUAAUAUAUAUAUAUAUAUAUAUAUAUAUAAUCUAUGGCAUUUCUAGUCAUUGCAAAUAACAUGCAAAAGGUAAAGAUGGAUAAAAGGUGGAGUCUUCAAGGUAUGACUGCUCUUGUAACCGGUGGAGCGGGAGGAAUCGGGCAUGCCAUCGUAGAUGAAUUAUCUGCUUUUGGAGCUAGAAUCCAUGUAUGCGACAUAUCUGAAACACUGCUCAGUCAAAGCUUAAGUGAAUGGGAAAAGAAAGGGUUUCAAGUGAGUGGCUCAGUCUGUGAUGUAACCUCGCGUCCCGAGAGAGAAACAUUAAUACAAACUGUCUCCUCAUUGUUCGAUGGCAAACUCAACAUUCUUGUAAACAAUGUGGGCGGACUUCGUGAAAAACCAACAACAGAAUAUGGGCUUAUGGAUUUGGAAGCAUUGUCUUCACUUCAUCUGUUGCUGGGGUUGUAUCAUUUUCUUGUGGAUAUCCCUUUAUGGUCUAGCACAAAGGAGCUCGGAACCAGUUAGCAAGAAAUUUGGCAUGUGAAUGGGCAAAAGACGGCAUAAGAGCCAACGCUGUUGCCCCUAAUUCUAUCAGGACUCCUUUGUCUCAACAAUUUUAAGGAGGCAUUUUUCAGUAGAACUCCACUUGGUCGCAUUGGAGAACCAAAUGAGGUUGCUUCACUAGUGGCAUUCUUGUGUCUACCUGCAGCUUCCUAUAUUACUGGUCAACCCAUUUGUGUUGAGGUUUCUCCUAUCAACCAUAUGCUUGAGAAUGGCCUUGCCGCUUGUUAUAAAACCGUUUUAAGAAACGGAAAAAAAAAAAACUGUCUUUAAAAGUGUCCGUUAUCUAAUAAAAAUUCUCACGCUGUGAGUUUAUGCACAAAAAUAUAAACGAGUUUGCUUUGCCAUUGUGGAGAUGCUAAUCUUGUGGUAUAAUAGUGAGAAUCUUAGCGACCACGCACGGCUCUUUCAAUUUUGUGGUAAUAGUGGUAAUACAAUCGUAAAAAUCUUUGAAACAAUUAAAUUUAAGCUCAGAACUAAGCCUUUACAUGUUCAACUCAUCACGUGCGAAUGAAGUUAGUUUUGAAAGAGACAAAUGCCUGUCUCUUUUGGUAGAAGAUUUUGAUUUAAAAGCCAAUUUGGCCUUGGACACUAGCUUAGAUAUUUUAGUCAUAUUCUCUCUUACGCAUGACAUUUCCACCACACAAACAAACGUAAUCAUUAAUUAUGGUUUACUACUUAUCUCAGCCAACAUUUAUCGUAUGCAGAGCCGGACCUGAGAUUUUCGGGACCCUAUUCGAAAAAACAAAUAAAUUUUGAUUUUAUCUAAGAAUCAAAAGAAAAAUUCUCUGGUGUUCUUAUGAACUUGCGUUUACAAAGAAGAAGCUUUUUUUCUGAUGAGUUAAAUUUUUUUUAUUAUAAUAUGUAUAAAUCAUUUAAAUGAAAAAUAAAAUAGAGAAAGUUGAAUAGCUUACGUGCUAUUGUUACAGACCCACAUAAUAUUUUAUUCUGUACACCACAAACCAAAACUUUGAUUUUCAAUUUGCCUUGCGCACAUAAGAUUAUAUAUAUUAAUAUUAAUUAACAUUAUAUAAGCAAAAAUUAAUUGGAAGUGGGGGACCCAUUAGUUGGGGGCCCCAUACGAAUGUUUUGUGAGCCUUGGUACAAGCCCGGCUCUGAUCGUAUGUAUAUUAUAUAGACCUACAAGUAAUGUAUAUUAUCUUUGGCAUUUCUGGUCAUUCUAAUCACAAAACAAAAACAAAGAAUGGAUAAAAGAUGGAGUCUUCAAGGUAUGUCUGCUCUUGUAACCGGUGGAGCCAGCGGAAUCGGGUAUGCCAUAGUAGAGGAAUUAGCUAAUUUUGGAGCGAAAAUCCACGUACGUGACAUAUCUGAAACUCUGCUCAAUCAAAGUUUAAAUGAGUGGGAAAAGAAAGGGUUUCAAGUCAAAGGCUCUGUCUGUGAUGUAACCUCACGUUCUGAGAGAGAAACAUUGAUACAAAAUGUCUCCUCCCUGUUCGAUGGUAAACUCAACAUUCUUGUAAAUAACGUGGGAGUACUUCGAGGAAAGCCAACAAUAGAAUAUGUGGCAGAAGAUUUUGCUUACCAUAGCUCAACAAACUUGGAAGCUGCUUUCCAUUUUUGCCAGCUUUCACAUCCACUCUUAAAGGCUUCAGGUUAUGGAAGCAUCGUCUUCUUGUCUUCUGUUGCAGGAGUUGUAUCAUUUGAGUAUGGAUCCAUUUAUGGUGUAACCAAAGGAUCUCUGAACCAGCUAGCGAGAAAUUUGGCAUGUGAAUGGGCAAAAGACGGCAUAAGAGCCAAUGCCGUUGCACCUAAUGUUGUCAAGACUCGACAGUCUCAAUCUUAUCUUGAGGACGUCAGUUUCAAGGAAGAAUUGUUCUGUAGAACUCCACUUGGUCGUGCUGGAGAGCCGAAUGAAGUUGCAUCGCUAGUGGUCUUCUUGUGUCUACCUGCAGCUUCCUACAUCACUGGUCAAACCAUUUGUGUUGAUGGAGGCCUCACAGUUAACGGUUUCUCCUAUCAGUCACGGGCUUGAGAAUGGCCUUUUAAACUUGAAUAAAAAUCUCACGAUGUGAGUGUGUAUACGAAAACAUAAACUUUUUCGCAGUUCCAUUAGUUUAUUUUCUUCAAAAAAUAGAGAAGCAUGCUUAAUUACUGAUCCUUUUAAUGAUUUUCAAAUUUAUUCAACCAAAAAACAGUUUUGUACAAUAAAUUCUUCUUAGUUUUCUUUAAGCUAUGGCUUUAUAUAAGUAAAUAAACAUUCUUCUUGUA